GGAUUUGUACCGGUUUUUUUUUGCAAGCCGAAGUUGCGCAUCGGACGUCAUAUCGUGAAAAAGCACAAUUGUUAAAAGGCCACAAGCAAUACAAGUUUUUUCCAACCAUUUCUGAUUGCCGCGUUUGUCGUGCGGAAUAUAAUUUAUCAAAGUACAGUGGUAGAUUAGGUGCAAUCGGGAAAACAAUUGCCAUCGCUUUCCGUACAGCCCAACCAGCGCAGGUACCCUUGCUGCGUUCACCAAACGCCGGUGAGGCUGGCUACGCGCGCUAGUGUGUGUGUGUGUGGUUGUGUUGUGUUUGUGUGAGCGCGCGGUAAAGUGCUUCGCGCGAUUUGUUUUGCCCAAGAGCUUGUGGGCUGAAGAGCUAAGAAAAUCGGAACCCAGCAAUAGAGUGUAAUCCAACUUCCCACCAUGGCUUCCACGGCUAAGAAGGCAAAGAAAUCGGACGCGCUCGAGGAGGAACCGGAGGCGCUGGAAGCGGUCGAUACCUGCCAGAACGAGAUCGAUGCGCUGAACGAGCAGGCGAGUGAGGAGAUACUGAAGGUGGAGCAGAAGUACAACGAGCUGCGGAAGCCGUACUACCGGAAGCGGAACGAGUUUAUCAAGCGCAUUCCUUCCUUUUGGAUGACUGCGAUUAUGAACCAUCCACAAAUAUCGGGCAUCCUUGAGGAGGAGGAAGAGGACUGCCUUCAGUUUCUCGAGAAGCUCGAGGUGGAAGAGUUUGAGGACAUCAAGAGCGGAUAUCGGAUUCUGUUCCACUUUGAGGAAAAUCCAUUUUUCGAGAACACCGUGCUAACUAAAGAGUUUAAGCUCGGCUCGAAUGGAGAAAGUCCAUCCUCGACUAGCACACCGAUCAAAUGGAAGCCGGAUCACGAUCUCACGAAGGUGCUGCCAAAGAAGGUGGCCAACAAUCGUCGGAAGCGCGGCCUGGAGAACCGAACCUUCUUCGACUGGUUCACGGAUAAUAAUGAUCCCAUCAAUGACGACAUUGCCGAGCUGAUCAAGGACGAUCUGUGGCCGAACCCGUUGCAAUACUAUCUGGUACCGGACAUCGAGGUCGAACCGGAGGAUGACGAAGAUGGCGAUGGUGGGGAAGAGUUUGGUGAGGAGGGUGAUGAGGAGGAGGUAGACGAGGUAGAGGAUGAGGAGGAAAAGGCAUCCUAGGCAUUACGAGCUGACGAUGGGAAAUGAGCAUUAGGAAAGCCACCAGACGGUUCACAAAGGCCGAAAAUCUUACCUAACGAGUCAAGCAAAUGCCGAUCCUUCAAAAAGUAACUGCAAAUUAUUGUGUACCGGUACCAAAUCAAUGCAUUUUAUUUAUGUGACGGUGUAGAUUGCACCAAACGUAAACAGGGUUUUGUCACAAUAGCGGGAUGUGGCCGAUGGUAGCCCGCUCUUCGCAGCUGAAUUCCAAUAAUCCCUAAUCGUAACCAUUAUUUAUACCUAGUAUUACAAAACGGACACCGAGCAAGGUGAACACACACACACACUAUGGUCAGUAUAACGCAGACGUUCCAUUCGUUUCCAUGUUUGAGGUCGUCAUCUCUGGUCCUUAGGCACUUAGUAGUGGGAUUGGGUCGGUAGGAACAGCAUGGCAUAUCUCGAACAUGGAUCGGGCCACAAAACACGACGAAAUCAAGAGAAUUAUCUGUAAUUGGGAGGGAUUUUUCUCGUAGUAAAUUCCCUAUUAAAGUGCUAAAUAUACUGUCUUUGGUGGAUUAAAAAAAUCA